UCUUUCUUCUCUCUUAUUUCCCCAUUAAAAUCACCCUCGUCAAAAUCCUAAAUAUAAGCUUGGAAAUCCAACUUUUUAUCAAAGAGUUCAAACACAGUUUUCAUUUCGGUCUGUUUCAGCUUCCUCUUUACCGAAUGGCUAUGGAACCAAACUUGAUUGUGCAAGAAACAUACUUUGAGUCUGAUGGAGAUACUUCACUCAAGCACAAAUGGAAUUCGAUAUCAGAACCAACAACAGACCUUGAAAAAGAUUCCAGCUGCUUUGAUUGCAGCAUUUGCUUUGAUUCAGCAAAAGAUCCAGUAGUCACCCUUUGUGGUCACUUGUACUGCUGGCCAUGCAUUUACAAGUGGCUUCACAUCCGAACUUCUUCCCUCGACGCAGACCCGCAACCGAAGAACUGCCCUGUCUGCAAGGCGAACAUCUCUUCUGGUUCAUUGGUUCCACUUUACGGCCACGGCACAUCUUCACAGUCUCAAUCCAAGAAUCCCCAUUCAGAUAUGGUCAUUCCCCAAAGGUCACCUCCUACGUCGAACAUUACGACCACUUCGCAUAUAAAUCAUGAAAACUUCCUUCAUAACCAGCAAUACUUCCCUCUCCCUUAUAGUGGAUAUGCAACCUUGGCAUCAUCCGACCUCGGUGGUAUUGCGAUGACAAACUUCUUCCAUCCGAUGAUUACGAUGUUGGGAGAAAUGGUAUAUACUAGAAUGUUUGGAAGCUCCAACACGAGUAUGUUUGGUUAUCCUAACCAAGCUUCGUACCCUUUGCUAAGGAACAAUAAUCAUAGGAUGAGAAGGCAAGAGAUUCAGGUUGACAAAUCUCUUAGUAGAGUAUCCAUGUUUCUUUUCUGUUGCACCAUUCUUUGUCUUGUCUUGUUUUGAGAAGUAUUGGAUUUUAGCUUGUACAGUUGCA